AUGUCCUCUAAGAACGACGUGUAUUCCGUCGAGCAUGACGAGCUGCCUCAUCUCCAAGUCCCCAUGAAACAUGGUACAAGUCCUAGGCCUGCGCAGCUGAUACAUACGGAUGCCACUGCUCAUGCUCUGCACUACAAUCAACAGUGUGAACGAAGACGAGGUCUUCUGAAAAAGACGCAAAGGCUGUGUUACCUUGGUGUUGUACCUGCCGGUCUCUUUUACGCAGGACCAGUGCUGGAGUUGCCUUUGAUCUGGCAAGGUGACUGA